AAGAUUUCUUGUAAAAUGCUUUGACUAGCGUUUGUAAACUUAUCCACGUGUUCUAAAAGAAUGGCUUUUAAAUUUAACUUUCAAAGUCAUUCUAAGUCCAUUACUGUCGAAGACGAAGACGACGAACUCACUGCUAAAACUAGUAAAGAAAUAACACUAGAUGUACCAACUGAGAGCCGGACGCGGAGGAAUUCCAUUGAAAUUCAGCCAAAAGACCACAAAACACAUCUACCGCACGAAGUGAAGACGAUAAAGCAAGAGUUCCAGGGUGUUAAGCUGACCGUGAUAGAACAGCGGUCUCUGGAGAUAUAUCUCACAAAACAAGACUUUGGCGAGCUCGACAUUUUGGAAGCCGUGUCCUGGCAUGUUGACCUAGCUCCGGGGGUAUAUGAAGGUGGUUUUAAGGUAUGGGAAUGUGGUGUUGACCUUGCAAACUUUCUAUGUGAUCAGUGCAUUGAGAUAGCUGGAAAGCGAGUCCUAGAGCUUGGCUGUGGUGCGGGACUUCCCGGGCUGUGUGCAAUGAAGAAGGAUGCUAAGGCUGUGCAUUUUCAAGAUUAUAAUAGUGAAGUGAUAGAAUAUUUGACAGUGAAAAAUGUUUUAUUGAAUAACAAAGACAAGUGCGAAUGUCGGUUCUUCUCUGGGGACUGGAGUACGUUAGUCAACGCCAUCUCUCCCAACAACCCGAAACCAUGCAGCUAUGACAUCAUUCUGACUGCGGAGACCAUCUACAACCCAGAGUGUUACGAGAUGCUAAGCAAGGUGCUUGACGCCCUGCUGGCUCCAGAUGGAGUUAUCUAUGUAUCAGCAAAAUGCAACUACUUUGGUGUGGGUGGUGGAACACGUUUAUUUGAAGAUCACUUGACGGCGGCGGGCAGGUUCACUAGUGAGGUCUACCACAGAAUCACAGCCAACGUCCCAAGAGAAAUUCUAAAGAUAGUACGCAAGACUUAAGAUGGUAUGCAAGAUGUUUCCAAAACAAUUCCAUGUUUUCAGAUCGAGAAUGGGAAGUUGAACAGACCGUGAACUGAAGUUUACUAAUGCAUACUUAAAACAUGUCACGGUAAAGGCUUGUUUAGCACACUUCAAAACUUAGACAUGACAAAAAACCUGGAGUGCACUUUGUGGACAAGAUGUCGACGAAUUAGUCUUGAAACCUGUGAUAAAACUGUUCCUCAAGUUGAAUUUUUAUUUUAAAGUUUUGACAGCAAUUGUUUUCGAAUAAAUCUGUUAUGUA